UAUUUUGUGACUCAUAGCAUAUAUAUUUUUUUUUUUGUAGAUAAUAGUAUAUUUUCUGCCGUGACACACUGACUCGUGUUUUGUUUCGAAUUACUGUUACGCAAGGUCGGCGCGAGUAUGCGUCACGCACAAUGCACUUAUCCGGCGUGGCGACGUCGAUGUCGUCAAUACUCUCAAUACAUCACUCGUCACUGCACUUAAACACUUACCUGCAGUCGCAAUGAUAUAAAUACGAAUGGUAUCAAGCGCAGUGUUAACUGAGAUUUUCCCACUCGGCGAGUGGUCGGCCCAAUGAUAAUGAGACUUAAUAAUGGAUCCUGAACAAAAUUUUAAUCAAUUCUGCCUUAAACGAAUUUUGAUGAAUGAUACACAACGUAAAAUGAUCGCUGUUGAAGGCAAUUUCAAUGGACUACAGGAACCAGCUGUUGUUGUUCUAGAAAAGUAUGCGUUUGAUGAAGCUUCUGCUUUAAAUGUAUGCAAUGCUCAUACUAAAUUUAAAAAAAAUUUAGAAAAUGAUAUUUAUAAAUCAUUUAGUUGUGUACCACCAUAUGAUGAAAAAAUUCCUUCCAAUAAAAUGGAUAUAAUAUAUCCUGCAACAGACAAACAUAUUUUAAAGUUUACAAGUCAACCUAUGUAUUUUGUUCAAGAAACUGAAGAAAUGUAUCAAACUGUAACUUUACAUCAUAUAUUGGAUAACGGCUUGUCACUACAAUGGGUAUACAAUUGCUUGGAGUAUAAAUCAGAAAAGGAAAGAAUAAAAUAUGAUACGGCUUCUGAAAAUCAAAAAGAUGAUGAAGAUAUUGGCUUUUUACUUUUACCAGACUUAAAAUGGUCUGGGAAAUUGAAUGAAUUGUACUUAUUGGCAGUUAUUAAAAAAAGAAACAUUAAAUCACUUAGAGAUUUAACAAUUGACCAUUUACCAUUACUAAAAAAUAUUUUAAAUAAAGGAUCAGCUGCUAUUUAUAAAUUAUAUGGAGUUCAACAAUCUCAGUUACGUAUUUAUGUCCAUUAUCAACCAACAUUUUAUCAUUUUCAUGUUCACUUUACAUAUCUGAUGCAUACACCUCCAGGAAUAAAUGUUGGAAGAGCUCAUUUACUCACAACAAUAAUUAAUAAUAUUGAAAUGCAAGGCAACUACUAUCAAAAAGCUACAUUAGAUUAUACUAUUAAGGAAAGUGAUCCAUUGUUUAAUCGUUUUGAAGAAAAAGGUAUUCUUUGUAAAGCCAAACUUAUUGAAGAAAUUAGUAUUGUAUAAGACAACAACCAGACAACUAUAUAUUUUAAGUUCAAACUUGGUAUAAAGAAAAUUUGUGCUUUCUAGCGCUAACUAAGAUAAAACAUUUCAAUCAUUACAUUUUUUUUUUUUAUUAUUAUUAUUAAAAUUCAAUUUAUAUUAUACAUUUUGCUUGUGUAAUAAUGAUUUACUACUAGAAAAACAUGAAGACUUUUGAACAAUGAUUAAAUAUAAUGAAUUAUGUGACAA